AUGGAUUUAGAUAAUGCCAGUCUGCACACGAACUACAGUGUAACAACAAUACAGAGAAAUGCCAUAAUGUUUGGAAACUGUUCCUCUUUAAAUAUAACGGAUUGUAGUAACUCUACUUCCGGUGUUUUAUAUGACGUCAUAGAUUUUGACGCGUUUGCAUACAUAUUUGUUGUGCUUUCGUUCUAUGCCGUUAGCAUGGUGUUGCUGAUGAUAAAGUACAUCCGACGAGAGGAAGAAGAGGUGUGUCUAAGCUAUUACUACACAGAAUUCGUAAAGAGAGAAAAGUUUCAAAAUCCUAUAUUCAAAAACAGAGUAGCACUUCAAAAUGCUACAAGCUCUGGUUUGAUUGAUAAAGCCCUACAAAUGUUACAGUCAAGGGACGGAUCUGGGAUAUAUCACUGCAACUCGGAAGACAAGUGCGAGAGAAAAUCUUCAUUGCCAGGGGAAACAUCACAGCUCUCCAGUUCCGUGUCCUGUGACCUACCUGUAGAUUCUAACUCGAGUCUUCAUUCAGGGGUCAGAGUUGAAAAUUCCGAGGAUGAUGACGACAUUAUGUGCGAACAUUGUCCCGACGAUAAUAUAUUAGAAACUAUUGUGUGA